AUGUUGACAAAGAGCAAAACAAUGUCACUUAUAAAUUACUAGAAAAAAAAUAAUUUCCUUCCUUCCUUCCCCACUUUGAAAUUAGUGAACAAGGAGAGGCCAAGUAGUAUAUAUAAACCUUAGAUUUGUUGUGAAAUCCAAGAUGGGAGAAGAGCACUUUGUAGAAAAAGAGAAAAUGGAAGAAAAAUUAGAAGAAGUAUCAAAAAUCCACUUUGUUUUAAUACAUGGAAUUAGUGGAGGUGGAUGGUGUUGGUACAAAAUCAAGUCACUUAUGGAGAUUUCAGGCUAUAAAGUUACAUGUCUUGACCUUAAAGGUUCUGGAAUUCAUCCUCAUGAUCCUACAACUAUUAUUUCCUUUGAUGAUUAUAAUCAACCUCUCAUCAAUUUCUUCUCAUCUUUGCCUCAAAAUGAACAGGUAAUUUUGGUAGGACACAGCGCUGGAGGACUGAGUGUCACGGAUGCAACUCACAAAUUCCCAAAAAAAGUAAGGAUGGCAGUGUAUAUUGGAGCAACUAUGUUGAGAAAUGGAUUUGUGACUGAACAAGAUGUUAAAGAUGGGAUCCCAGAUUUAUCUGAGUUUGGCGAAGCUAUUGAUGUAUAUGAUAUGUGUUUCGGAUUAGGACCAGAGCAACCUCCAACCAGUGCAGUUGUUAAAACAAGUUUACAACGCAAAAUCAUUUACCAAAUGAGUCCACUCGAGGACUCAACAUUAGCAGCAAUGUUGUUGCGUCCUGGACCAAUUCAAGCUUUAGCUAGUGCUCGAUUUAAAGAAGGGGAAGGUGCAGAGGAAGUGCCUCGAAUAUACAUAAGAACAGCGUACGAUCGAGUGGUGAAGCCAGAACAGCAAGAUGCAAUGAUUAAGAAAUGGCCUCCAAAGAAUGUGUACACAUUGGAAACUGAUCAUAGCCCAUUCUUCUCUGCUCCACUCCAUUUAUUUGGCUUGCUUAUUAAGGCUUCUAUUCGGGAUUGAGAUAUAUAUACUCUCAUCUCAUAUACUGAAAACAUCAUGUAUAUAGUAUAGUGUGGUUUACUCUUCUUAGAUUGAAUUGAACAAUUGAAAUUGAGGAAUUAAUAUGGUGAAACUGUGUCAAUGUGGUUAUUACUUGCAUAUGUACAAUGAUAAAACAUGUGUAGUCAAGUCAAAUUACAAGAAACUGUUCAAGCUAAGUUAAUGUACUACUCUCUUGUUCA